GUCCCUAAAAUGUCAGACAAUGGAGAGGAUCCGAAUCUCCCGCCGCCAUCUCAAUCCCACUUCGCCAAAUUUGAAAAUUUUACACCCAACGAUGACGCUUCAUUCGAUGAUGAAUUUGGCCGCCUCGCGUCGUCUCAGAACUGGAUCCCCGGCUCCCAGUUGUACACUCGGGAGCGCACCAUUGCAAUGCGCCAGGAACUCAAGUUGCACUACUUUUCUCAAUCACGGCAACUAGGCGAUACCCACGAGCUCACAGAACAAGAAAAACUCGAGGGGUAUCAAGAUCUAUGCCAGGAGGUCCGUAUACCUCCAGGCGACUCCAUCCCAGAAUGCAAGAAGCAAUUGAAGAACACCCUUGUCAAUAUUGUAGACCUGAUCGACGCGCGACGGAUGAGCAAGGAGGUCAAGGUGUGGCAUGAUUUCGAAGCGUUCCGCAACUACACGCUCCAGGAUGGACACAGGGUAAAUAUGGAUGAGGCUAAGAAGGAUGGGGGCUACCUAGCAUCAUUGCUGCAGCACCUUCGGAGUCCACGGUCGCGGAGAGGAAGAGGUGGGAGAAGACAUGGUUUUGGCUCCAGGGUAUUUUCGGGGCGGGUAACCAAGAAGAGCCCGGGCUAA